CCAGGGUAGAGCGCAUGAAAGCGAACAACUCCUCGAGUUUUGAAGAUAGAGAUGAUACAUUGAUUGAAGAGAAACACAGAGAGAACAUCAAAAAAAAUGCUUACCAGUCCUCGAAACAGCUCUUUGCGUGGGGCGGGUAGGGGCGUGUCCCGACCACCACCCACGCCUUGCUUGGACGAUAACUUAAGGCUUGCCGUAAUUCAUCUUCUAAGAAGCAUCUCUGACCCCUUUACUAUGAGAGGAAAAUGCGUGGUUAGAGAUGCUUUUCAAGAUGAAUGAUAGUAAGGACUAAACAACAGCUGUGAAGAGGGUCCUCUUCCACAAGGUCAAGGUCUCGUUGGACACAGUAUGGAAAUCGAAGGGGACCACCAAGCGACGAUGGUGGACUACGAGCCUUCGACGAUUCAUACUGGGACACAUCCUGAAGAAUAUGUGACCCGAUCCGAGAUGAAUGCACGAAUGGAGGCGUUAGAGAAGCGAUAUCAACAUAUCACAGAUGGAUUGCUAUCACGCAUUCAACAUCUCGAACAGCGAUUGUCCAGCGGGGCAGGUGCUGCUGUUUGUGAAAAAAUGGCCAGCUCAAAAUUUACAUGUGAAACUCCUUCAAAAAUUUUCACGCCUCGGCGCAGCUUCCUCACCUUACAGCGCGGGGGCGCGUCGGUUUGUGAAAAAAUGAAGAAUUAUAAGUCGAAGUCCGUAGUCGGUUUUCUGAUUAACCUCUCCAACUACUCGUCUUUGCAUCGACACCAACAGGUACUAUCUUCCCCUCACUCACGACCGCAUCCAAGCGUGCUCGAAGUCCACCUUUGCCUAACAAGUACGUGCCGAAGUCGUUCCAGCUGCCUCGUGCCCGUGACGUAGCCACGGGUUUGAAUACAAGCAGGAUAUCUGUGGGCAGUUCGACACCUGCGAAAAAACUAAUCGCGACACCGAAUCUUCCAACCACCAAGAAAACUCCGACUACAGCCAAUCUAGGGGAGAAGGCUAGCUCUCCUUUGGUGUCCGGUGGGCCUUCACACCACGAUGCAACUCCUGGUAAGAAUACAACGAAUGUUUGUGCCAAGAUGAGUACGUCGACCACAAGCAAAAUAUCUUCGGCAGCUCCCGUCAGCAAAAGUAGUAAAACCAGAACUGCAGCUACUGCAACCGGUGGAUCUGUCCGAGGAGAGCACCCUGCUGCUCACAGAGAACAACAUCAAGUACCGACCAGCAGCCGCACAAGGACAGGAUCUUGUCGAACAAUUACCUCACCUACUGCGUCGACUCGUGGAACAGGCGGAUUUCACAACGUUCGUCCGGAACCAUUGGAGUCCAACGAUAUUGAUAUGGAAAUGUUGGUCGUAGACAGGAACGUGAAGAUCAUUUGAGUGUAUAAUUUUGUUUGUUCUUGGGAAGUCAUUUUAUAAAUAAAGCCGUGCUCAGUGAGUUUGUCGGCUUUUGUUCCUUCGUUAUUUGCCUCGUCCAUGUUCCUCAUGUAGCUUCCUCACGUUUUCGCGCUUCCGAUAUAAAUGUCUCUUCUUAUUUCUCUGCUUUCUCUGCAUUUUUAAUGCCUUUUCUCUCUUCAUACUCUAGUCGACUUCGGCACACGCUGUAGUGGCGACGUGUGUGGUUAGUCCGACGAUGGGUACAGCUGUAACACCAGUUUCGAGUGAGCAGAAAAUCAUGAACUUGAAUCCGUUGGUGCAAAGAACGACAGGAGACAUGUUCUUGAAAUGCACUGCUGGAGGUACUACUCCUGCAACUGAUUAUGGCUGACCACGCUCCUGACCCGAAUCCAUCUCGUCCAGUGAACAAGCUUGAUGCACAUCUUGAAGCUCCUGUGGUGGCCCAUUAUAAGGGAAAAGGACCACCAUAAUCUCGAUCUACUUCUUUGUAUCUUCCAAAGUGGGAAGAUAGCACUACGAUUUUUAGGGUAUUGAAGACGUGAACAACUCUUCUAAACUGGAGUACACUCCUCGAUACAGGAACUCUUCUUCUAAACUGAAGUACUAGUACACUCGAUACAGCAGAGUUCAUCCGGAGGAGCACGUCGUGCUAUCACUACGCGAAAACCCGCUGUUCCGCGUGCCCCACGACGCAGUCCGGAUCGGUCUGCCAAGAAUAUUGGACUUGGACCAGUUGACGUAGCUACUCCUCGAAUCGUAGCUACUUCUGCAUCAACCAAAAAUUCGAACAAAAACAUGGCGAUUUUAUGGAGAAGAACCAAGACCAACAUGAACAUACUUAGACACAAUAUACGACCCAAGAUAGCAGCACCCAUACUCAUCAUCACAGGUCUUGCUAAUUGCAAGCUUGUUUGUAAAUGUGGCCGCUCUGUGGUUCUCAAGACCAACAUGAACUACAUAGACACAUGCUUUUCAUCUAAGAUCCAAAGUACCUCUUUCCGAAUAAUAAAUAUUGGGUCAAUCACGACUUGUUGUAAGAAGUUGAAGUAGUCUUUCUCUUCUCACUGUCGUGAUUCUAGUAGGGCCACUGGUAUUAGUUCGUUUGGUGUAUGCGCUUGGGUUCAUAACAAAAACCCCUCAAGAUCAUUCUAAGAAAAGCGAACAAUCUGAUGCAGCAAGUCCACCAAAACAAUUCGCUGAGCAGCAUUCUGGUCAAUGCACACUUAUCCGAACGAGCCGCUGCAAGAUCGACAAUGAGUCAACUCAACAUCAACUACCACUUUAUGAGAAGAACAUAAGUUUUGCUGUUGCGUGUUUUUUGAAAAUAAAGGGUCACUACCAGGGUAUUCAUCAUUAAUUUAUUUGGUUGAACAACUUUUCUUUUAGAAGGAGUAGUGUAUGGUUCUAGUAUUUGGUAACCUGAAUUCGAUCACAAGGAUUCCCUUCUUGUUUUCCUCAUGAUCACAAUCAGGCUACCAAAUACCAACGCCAUUCAAGUAGUAACUACUACCUAGUCGUGGUCGUGGAGGUGAGAGAAGUUGUAGGUUGAAGAUUGAUAGCAUUGGAAAUGCCUGACAAUGAGAAGAUGUACUUAUAUGUCAAUCUCUAUCUCUAAUUCCCGCCCAGAUCAACAGCAUCAACCGAUUAGCACCAAGGUUCGAGGGGUUGUAAAAACAGGAGGGGCACCUAAGAGGGCACCACGACCUCCCGCGGUUCCAAAGAUGAGAGCUCCACUCGUUGUCAAAGCUGAAGUUGGUGGAAAAGCACAAUCUACUUCUGCUUCUAUUAUGUUGCCGCUGGUGGGUCUAGAGGCGGAUCAGGAGGAAUCCAUACAUCAUGAUCUUGAUCAUGUGCAUGCAGCAGAUCAUCAAGCAGGAGAGGACGAGAUGGACAUGGAUAUUAUCCACGAUCAGCAUCAUGAAGCAGAUCAUGAAGUAGAUCUUGAAUCUACUUCUGCUAUUAUGCCACUGGUGGGUCUAGAGGCGGAUCAGGAGGUAGUGGGAGAUGAUCUUCUACAACAUAAACCUGAUCAUGCUCAUGGUCAUCAUGAUGUUGAGCAGCAAGGGCUGAAUCAGGAACUAGCAGAUGUUGACUUUAAAGAGGUGCUCAAAAAGGUUGAUUUAUUUUCAUCCUCCAGUACCUGUACCACGACUACGACUAAGAGUACUUUGCAAAAAACGAAUUGGACGAUCGCACAUCAGGGAUUACCCGACUCAGAUGCGGAGUGUCACCGUCGUCUUCGCGCCGCUUCAUUCGCGAGAUUUGACGUCAACCGCAAUGGCUUCUUACGUCUUGUAGAAGUAGAAAAAGCAGUAGAAACCUUUCUCGACGACUUGCAGGGCACAACGAGCAGUCUGGGGGAACAUCAAGUACAACAAGGUGUUGUCCCCAAGAUGAACAUGAUCACCCUCUCCCUGGACGCCUUACGACCAAUGAUCGCACGCUUGUACGAAUCCUGUUUAGGCGCAAAUCCAGUCUCGGGACACAAAAACGCCGGUUUGUUUCCGAAACAGUUCCAGCGAUUUCUGCAACAAGUGAAGCUUGGGAUGGAGUAUUCGAUAAACUACUGAAAUAAGCAAGCAACUACUUAAAAUAAGCGAGAUACUAAAACAAGAGCAACCUUGUAAUGGCUCUGUUAUUUCAGUUAGCUACUCGCUUAUUUUCACUUUUCGAGUAAUCUUCUUCUACUCUCUCACUUUAUAAUUUAACGACGAAUGGACUUGAAGUCUUCGAUCAUUACUUGUCAACAUCUUGGGACUAGAAAUCACUUCCUCGUCAUACUUCUCAUGACGACCUUACAACCAACUUCUACUUACGAGGUUACACGAUCUUUUCGGUGUUCCGAACUGUGAUGAGGGACGACGGGUUCUUGUAAAGGAAGCACUGGAGAAGUUAGCUGAGUGGGGUGUGCCAGAUUACCGUCUCAAAGCUCAAUUUGGCAAGCUGGUGUCUGCCAGUAGUAGCGUACUGUUGGAGGAUCUUUGUUCCUGGGCCAUUAGCGAAAAGAGAGCCAGCGAAACUUUUUCUGUUUCGACUGCUAUGCCAGAAGACAACUACAACGUUCCACCAGUGGCAGAGAAUCGCUAUGUGGAAGAGGAAGAACAGAUGAUAACAUCUUCUCCAGAGGUGGAAGAACGGCAAGAAGGUGCAGCUUCGGGAGUGCCGUCGGCUUGUGCUGUUGAAGGUACAUUGGUAUUUGAUAGAUUCGGUUUCGUGUCGUCGUCUACAAUGAAUGACACUUUAGUUGUACUACAUGCUUGCUUACUUUUACUUUUCAUGUUUCAUUCUCUUAAACUUACUUGAACUUGCUUAAACUGUGCUUCAUGUUUAGCUUAAUCUUUGUACAUGCUUGCUUACUUUUCAUGUUUCACGGUCUUAAAGAACUUAAAGCUUUAAUCAAACUGAAUGAUUAUCAGCUAACGCAAGCGAAAGAAAGAUGAACUACGAAGAGGAUCCUAAGGUGCACCAGCUGCAGCAAGAAGUGGUCGAAGAAAGAGACCAGCAGGACGACGAGAAGUUGCAAGCGCAAACUGUCUCUGGCGUGCAAUAUUUCUCUAUGGAUAUGGACCCGCCAUCCCCUAUUAGUGCUAACGACGAGGGUCAUCUUGAAGACGAUAUGUUUCCUCUCGCCGUGGAGGGUGUAGAAGGGGACGAGACCGUAGGUGUAGAGGGAGACGAGACAUCAAAGUUGAAAAAUCUUUUGCAGCCGCUUGAAGGUGGCAGGAAAAAUCUUUUGCCGCUUGGCAGAGAUGAAGAGGAGACUCAAGAAACUGAGAAGGAUGAGGGCAAAGAGAAAGAACCAGAGCACGACGUAGCUGUAGCACAAACAGAGACUGCCGCAACAGCAGCGUCAAGUGGCAGUGGAAAAAACCGCAAAAAAAAGAAGAAAAAAUUUCAACCGACUGAUAGGGCCAUUAUGUAGAUGAAUCACAGGGCUCUGGUUCUGCCGAAGCUGGGCUCAUUCUCCUGUAUGACAAGACGAGCUCUUUUUCAUAUUAGCAUCAUGGAGGAAAAUAACAAGAUCGAAAUCGGUGUCCAUAAAACCACAAAAAGUAGGAGUUGAAGAUGCUUUUUACUGUCGAGAAAGAAUCCCAUCAUGAUUGAAGAGCCAGACAACAUCCCGAAGAUUCACUCCAUUAUAUCACUGACAUACAAUUACGUUGUUCUUGCAACAUCGUACGCACAACCUCAACCUACUCACAUGGUUGUGGCGACAAGAUGAACACGCUCAGUGCGUGUGCGUGCCCAAGAACAGCGCAAUCCUCGUGUUGUAAUUUUAGCAGCCAUGUCGUGCUGCAUGCAGCAUGCCUCCUACGAGCGAGAAAAACUAGACAAAACAGAUGUCUUGAGAAGAAAAAAUCAAAAAAAAAACGUCGUACCAGAUGAGUUGUUGAAGCGCACUGUGCAAAAGGGUUACCUCUACUUGUAAAAUGCCUCUGGUCUGU